CCGCCCCACCAAGUAUUUCCUCUUUAAUUCGGCCCCGUCCCCCUCCUCCCGCUCCCCCGCCCCGCCGCUCGGGCGAAAGGCGCCCUUCGUCACUCGCUCCUCGCUCGCUGGCUGGCGGUGGGAGGAGCCGGCGAGGCAGCCGUGAGCCCGGGACGCCGCGAGCCUGGGGAUGGACGAGCCGCUGCCGCUGCUGCUGCCGCUGCUGCUGCUGCUGCCCGGUCCGGCUUCCCGGGGCGGCUAGGGACAGGCAGCGGCGGCGGGCGCCGGGACGCGCCAGGAGCAUCCCCGAGCCCGCGCGCCGCCCGCCCGGGCGCACCAACUCCCGGCCCAGCCAACUUGCCCCUGGCCGCGCUGCGGAAUGAGACCGCUCCCGCUGGGUCUGCUCCUCGCCGGCGUCUUCCUCUUCCACCAAGAGCUGGACCUCCAGAGGAGAGGACGUUGCCUGGUGCUCGGCUACAUGGCCAAGGACAAGUUUCGGAGGAUGAAUGAAGGUCAAGUGUACUCCUUCAGCCAGCAGCCUCAGGACCAGGCGGUGGUGUCGGGCCAGCCCGUGACGCUCUUGUGUGCCAUCCCCGAGUACGAAGGCUUCGUGCUGUGGAUCAAAGACGGCCUGGCUCUGGGCGUGGGCAGGGACCUCUCCAGUUACCCGCAGUACCUGGUGGUGGGGAACCACCUGUCCGGGGAGCACCACCUGAAGAUCCUGCGAGCCGAGCUGCAGGAUGACGCGGUGUACGAGUGCCAGGCCAUCCAGGCGGCCAUCCGCUCCCGCCCCGCGCGCCUCACGGUGCUGGUGCCGCCCGAUGACCCCGUCAUCCUGGGGGGGCCCGUGAUCAGCCUGCGGGCAGGGGACCCCCUCAACCUCACCUGCCACGCCGACAACGCCAAGCCUGCCGCCUCCAUCAUCUGGCUGAGGAAGGGGGAGGUCAUCAACGGGGCCACCUACUCCAAGACCCUCCUUCGAGACGGCAAGCGGGAAAGCAUCGUGAGUACCCUCUUCAUCUCCCCCGGUGACGUGGAGAACGGCCAGACCAUCGUGUGUCGCGCCACCAACAAGGCCAUCCCCGGAGGGAAGGAGACCUCGGUCACCAUCGACAUCCAGCACCCCCCACUCGUGAACUUGUCAGUGGAGCCGCAACCGGUGCUGGAGGACAAUGUGGUCACGUUUCACUGCUCGGCCAAGGCCAACCCAGCCGUCACCCAGUACAGGUGGGCUAAGCGUGGCCAGCUCAUCAAGGAGGCGUCCGGAGAAGUCUACCGGACCACCGUGGACUACACGUACUUCUCCGAGCCGGUAUCAUGCGAGGUGACCAACGCCCUGGGCAGCACCAACAUCAGCCGCACAGUGGACGUCUACUUUGGGCCCAGGAUGGCCUCGGAACCCCAGUCCCUGCUGGUGGACCUUGGCUCGGACGCCGUCUUCAGCUGCGCCUGGACCGGAAACCCGUCCCUGACCAUCGUCUGGAUGAAGCGGGGCUCUGGCGUGGUCCUGAGCAACGAGAAGACACUGACCCUCAAAACUGUCCGCCAGGAGGACGCCGGCAAGUACGUGUGCCGAGCCGUGGUGCCCCGGGUGGGCGCCGGCGAGCGAGAGGUGACCCUGACUGUGAAUGGGCCCCCCAUCAUCUCCAGCACCCAGACCCAGCACGCGCUCCAUGGAGAGAAGGGUCAGAUCAAGUGUUUUAUCCGGAGCACACCGCCCCCCGACCGAAUCGCCUGGUCCUGGAAGGAGAAUGUGCUGGAGUCCGGGACCUCGGGGCGCUACACGGUGGAGACGGUGGGCACGGAGGAGGGUGUCAUGUCCACGCUGACCAUCAGCAACAUCGUGCGCGCUGACUUCCAGACCAUCUACAACUGCACCGCCUGGAACAGCUUCGGCUCCGACACCGAGAUCAUCCGGCUCAAGGAGCAAGGUUCGGAAAUGAAGUCGGGAGCCGGGCUGGAAGCAGAGUCCGUGCCCAUGGCCGUCAUCAUCGGGGUGGCCGUAGGAGCCGGCGUGGCCUUCCUGGUCCUCAUGGCGACCAUCGUGGCCUUCUGCUGUGCCCGGUCCCAGAGAAGUACGGGAGGGAGACCCGGGAUCUCAGGGAGGGGGACAGAGAGAAAGGCCAGGCUUAGGCUGCCCCGGAGAGCAAAUCUCAAAGGGGUGGUGUCGGCCAAGAACGACAUCCGCGUGGAGAUCGUGCACAAGGAGCCCUCGUCCGGGCGGGAGGCGGAAGAUCACCCCAGCAUCAAGCAGCUGAUGAUGGACCGGGGGGAAUUCCAGCAGGACUCGGUCCUGAAGCAGCUGGAGGUUCUCAAAGAGGAGGAGAAGGAGUUUCAGAACCUGAAGGUGCCCGGUGACGCGGCCCCCUCUCCCCCCGCCCCCCAGGACCCCACCAACGGCUACUACAGCGUGAACACCUUCAAGGAGCACCACUCGACGCCCACCAUCUCCCUGCCCAGCUGCCAGCCGGACCUGCGGCCAGCGGGCAAGCAGCGGGUGCCCACGGGCAUGUCGUUCACCAACAUCUACAGCACCCUGAGCGGCCAGGCCCGCCUCUACGACUACGGGCAGCGCUUCGUGCUGGGCAUGGGCAGCUCGUCCAUCGAGCUGUGCGAGCGGGAGUUCCAGCGGGGCUCGCUCAGCGACAGCAGCUCCUUCCUGGACACGCAGUGCGACAGCAGCGUCAGCAGCAGCGGCAAGCAGGACGGCUACGUGCAGUUCGACAAGGCCAGCAAGGCGUCCGCCUCUUCCUCCCACCACUCCCAGUCCUCGCAGAACUCCGACCCCAGCCGGCCCCUGCAGCGGCGGAUGCAGACUCACGUCUGAGGGGGCCUCGGGACACGCGCGCGCCCGGGCCUCGCCGCCCACCCCCUUCCUGAUCAAGCACAAGCUUGGGUCCCCGGUGCUGCGGGGGGCCGGUGGGGGCGCGUGUGUGUGCGCGCGCAUGCGCGGGGCAGUGACCAGCGAAGGCCGCGGUGCUGGCGUGUGGACACGCGGCCUCCGGUCCUCCCCCGUCCCCUCUCUGCUUUAAGGAACAGUGUCUGCGGGGCACGGCCCCAGAUCUUGGCCUGGGUCCAAGGUCCUGAUCAGCCCAGGAGGAGAGAACGACGGGGUGAAGCUCAAGCGCUUCUGGCUCUGAGUAGCCCCAGAGACGCCCCGCCCCCGCCCAAGCCCUUCCACUCCCCGAGGGCUGAGAAGCAAUGACCUUGGCCACUGACCUUGGCCAUGAUGCUCCCCGCCGUCCCCAUCUCGUUUGGUGAAUUCGUGUCCCUUUCUGUGCCCCCGACUGGACUCGCAGCUGAACUCUGAGGCUGGGGUGUCCUAGGAGGGAGGGGGGAGGGGUAGCGGGGGAGCCUCCGGCCAGGCUGUGACUGGACACCAGCCCCCUCCCGCUCGUGUUGGUCCUGCUCCCCGACAGCACAAUCGUGGUUAAUAUAAGGCGUGUCCGCGCUUCUCUGGCCCGGCCGGGGUUCUUGAACGGGAGGGCGCUCACGCAGUGCCCGCUGGGCGCGGGUCUCCUGGGAGGAGGUGCUGGAGGAGGAGAGGAGCCCCGCAGAGACUCCGGGUGCAGGGCGCGGGGUUAUUCCAGCCUUUCUCCUGGCCCCUUUCUGCCAGGGGGUGCUCCCGGCCUCGGGCGCAGACAGGAAGCCUGCAGCAGCGACCACCGGUGCUAGCUCGGGGGCCAGGCUGGAGGUCAGCCGUGUUUCAGGCCCUUCCCCGGGCCUCUCCGUGUGACGAGUGUCUGCGCUUCAUCACCGAGUCUGCCUCCUCCCCCGGCACAGUCCUUGAGCCGCCCCAACUCACAGACACUCUGCUUGGCCUUCGGAUCACUUCUCCCAGGGGGGAGGGGGUCUUUCUGCUUCACGAUGUUUCCUGUUGUUGUAAACUCCCCAGGUCCCUGGCCAUCCUCCGUGGCAGGCCCCCAGGCCCAGGGAGUCCACGUGGGCAAGAAAAGUAGGUGCAGGGGCUGGAGAAAAGCACCCUGAGCUGGUGCACAUGCAGGGGGCCUAGUUUCAAUCCUGGGUCUCCCACCAGGAGUGGCCCCAAGCCCCUCAAAACAGAAAAAGAAAUGUAGGUGCACGUAGCAACCGCAUAAUCCCUGCUCCUGUGAACUGUCCCAAGGGUCAUCUUUUUGCGUUUUGGGUCACACCCGGCAAUACACAGGGGGCCACUCCUGGCUCAUGCACUCAGGAAUCACUCCUAGUGUUGCUCGGGGGACCAUAUGGGAUGCUGGGAAUCGAACCCGGGUCGGCCGCGUACAAGGCAAACGCCCUACCCUCUGUGCUAUCUCUCCAGCCCCCCAAGGGUCAUCUUGAUGGCCACUGAAUUCCCAUGUCCGCCCGCAGCCAUCCAGGAAGGCCCCAAGCCUGACACAAGGGAGCAGGUCGCUCCAGCCACUCGCUUGGUCUUGCCUCGCUGGGGAAGAGGUGGGAAAUCCUCCGGUCACCCCCACGAUACACUGCAGAUGGCAGGAGGUGUCUUGUGCUCCCCGACACCCAAACUAGGAAAGGGAGAGGGAGAGUCUGGAGCUUCUCACCCUGCCAGGAACUGCCCCAAAACAGACACGGCGGGGGGGGGGGGGACAUAGGGGGCUGCACAGGGCGACUUCGGCCAUGCAGCGCCCACCCUGAGCACUCUCAGGGGGCACAGGUCUCGGGGAAGGACAUGGUGAAAGAGAAGAAGGCAGAGGGGUGCGGGGAGUGGGGGAGGGGCGAGAUAUUGGAACCUCAGGAAGAAGCUGUGUCCGGUCCCAGGCACAAGGACUGGGGGUCCCGGGAAGCUGAAGGGCGGUGGGCCGGACUGGCAGCUCUGUGGGCUCGGCACAUGCUUUGUAUGCUGGAGGCCCUGGUUUCCGUCCCCAGCACCGCCCACCAGAGUGAGCAGAGAGCUGGCACUAGCCCCCAGCACUACCAGGUGUCACCCCCCUCCCAACCUCCCCCAAACAAAACCCACCAAAAUAAGUGAAUAAGAAUCGGAAGCAAAGGUGGGAAGCCUGAAUCCCUGGAGGAGAUUUCGAAUGAGCCAACAAGAGCGUUUGGUGCCUGCACAGCAAUUUCAACAUCCCGUCCACGUGUGCGUCCCCGAGCACAGGUCAGGCGGCCAAGAGACGCCCAAGGCACACCCGGGGCCACGGAGCUGGCAAGUGGCCAACGGGAGACAUGGGUUUUGCCAUCGGAUGCUUCCAACCCUCAGCGCUCACCCAAGGCCACAUUCCUAGGGGCGGCGAUGAGACCGGCGGGUGGCCAAGGUGCCCGCCCCACGUCCCCAAAGUCCCGAAGUGACCUGAGAAAACCACAAACUCCCAGGGCCACAAAAACAGUACAGCGCCAGCCGGCACCCUCACCUCACCCCAGGGCCAGGCCCCAGUGUUGCGAGAGUUUUCCAACCCUUCCUUGGCUGGGAGCCCAGGAGAGCAGCCCGCCCUCACGGCGUCUGCUUCCCAGGCUCACUAUGGGUCUGGAGAGGCCAAGGUGAUUUCCACCAGCCGGUUGGCUUUCCUGAAGAGGAAGCGCUCCCCAGGAGAGCAGAGAACCCCCUCCAAUCUGCCCCGAUGCAGGCUGUUGAAAACCAGGGCCCUGGAGCAAUUGCUUCCUUCCGGAGUGGAAGAUGGGGGGGCCAAGGGGCGUGGCUUGCAAACAAACACAGGCCUUGGGGAGAUUUCUCAGAUCCGGAGAGAGGAGCCAGCAGAAUUCUGAAGCUCACGUCCCACAGGGGCAUCCCGGAGCGCUAAGGAAUGGAGGUUGGAGGUUCAGAACUGCCAUCAAGAGGGUCACCCCCUCCCCACAGGAUCCUUUAGCUUUUCCCAGGCUUUGUGUCUGGCACCAGAAAAACACACACACACACACAGAAAGACCCGGGGGCAUCCUGCAAGUCGCUUCUCUAGGAGGCUUUCCUUGAAAAUAAACUUUAUUAAAAUAAAAGCCUAAAUAUUUCAAUAAAAAUGAUCUUGAUUUGCA